CUACAGGACGUCAAUGUUUCGGCGCUGUUAAGGAGACGUGGUAGUGAAACAGUUCUAAAACAGCGAAGUACCAAGGUGAAGUGAAAGUGAAAAAGUUGACAUCCAAAAGAACUGAAAGAAUUUCAAUAGUUUGAAAUCACAGUACACAAAAACAAAGAAAUGGAUGUCAGCACAGAGGCAAAGCGGAUCAUGGUUCAGGCUCUAGGAAAACUGUACAGCUCGCGUUCCCAGCGCGGUGGACUGCGGCUUCACCGAAGCCUUCUUCUUACGCUCGUGAUGAAGUCCGCCCGGGACAUCUACCACUCUGUUCACAUGGCUUGCGAGAACGAAGCAAAAACCACUUCUUCUGACCCACAGCAGCUAUCGACCGAUGAAGCAAUGGAUACGAGCGACGCCAAGGCGGAGACUUCUACGUCUGACUGCGCACCGGUGGCCUCGCCUGGAGAGGACAAGCCGUGCCAGGGCGAAAGUAAGGCAGCCUCAGCUGGCUUUAAGAGGAGUCAAGAGAACAAGGAGAAUCUCCGUUCUCUGGGACCUGACCGCCACUCUAGAAAACGCCGGGGCAAGGCGACAGCCGAGCCCGACUUCCUGCCAAGCAAGAGGGCGAAAAUGGAAGUGGGGGAAGAGAAUCAGGUCAUUCGGAGCACCGCACUGAGGAGCAACUCUGCGAACUGCAAUCGAGCCAUGACUGCUCUGACUUCCCUACCGCUAUCCCAGGUCAUCGCGGCGUUCUGAGCAGACAGCACUGGGACAUUACCGACUAAUUUAAAGCUCAGGAAUCGGGGUGAUUUCGGUGUAAUCGCAGACUGGUCAGACAAUGGUGUGAAAAACCGAGCCUGGGGUUCCUGGAAGUGUGACUCCCUGACCACAAUGUCGCCCAUCAGCGACGAUCAGAGGUGUUGAGGAGGGGAGCACUGCAAAUCAGAACAAUCUGACCUGAAAGCAGGAAACUGCUUUGGACUAUUCGCCAAGUAAGCCAGAGCUGUGGUCAGUCUCCGGGCCCAUGGAAUACCCUGUGCGGAGAUACGGAGGUGAAGAAGAAUGACAGCUCGUGGCAGUUCCGGUUGUAUGACUCAGUACUGGAUUGAGAAACUUCCGCAAGUAGCCGACACCUUCCCCCACCCAACGUGCAGCCGGCAGGGGCCCCGCGGGGGAGGCAACCCAUUGUUAUCUCCUGGAGGGACUUUACCUCGUCUCGGCCAACUUCCCCUAAUAUGGCCUUACGCAGGCCUAUAUAACAUUUGGACUGUGAAACUAAUUGACAUCUGUUAAUCCAGUGCGCCUCAUCUGCUGUAUACUAGGAACGUCCAUUGGUCCAGGCAGACCGGUGGUGUGUGUAUUUACUUUGGUCCCUAUGGGACAUUUUAUAAAUCAAUAUCGGGAAGGUUCACUGUGUGUUUUUCCUACUCGAUGCUGCUCUUGAUAUAGUUUUAUUGUGUAACCAAAUACCUCAGUCCAAAACAAUAAAACAAAUCUUUAUUUUUGCAACUGA